AUGGCCGAUACGGGUAGGAAGUCGAGCCCUGCCGCACCGAGGUCUACCACUGGUCUCGUACCUGCCAGUGCUGACGAUGCCACUUCCAUGAGGUCGCGCAGUAGAAGAGCGCCCGCAAAUAGAGAUGCAAUAAAAUCCCCAGGCUUAACACCCGCCCAAAGUUCUGCACCUAGUAGAGGUGUGAGUCCUAUGCCAUCUCCACGCCUCGGGAACAGCAAACUACUUUCGAGCGGACGGUCGAGUCCUUCUAAUGCCGCAUUCUCACGCGGACUUCUCGAGGGUUCAUGGACACCGAGUUGGGCAUCCGUUCAAGACUUUGCAUCUUCUUUAUUAGAAGGCGGUUACAAUAGCGAACCUUCGCGUCCUAAUAGCCGCAACGGGAACAAACCACAACCGAAAUCAAUAUGGAAAGGACUUGGAAGUGGGAUUACGAAAGCCGGCAAGUCCCCUAACGAUUGGGGACCAGCACCUCCGGCUGGAUCACAACCGGUUGCCGGUGACAUCGGAGCAGGGUCUCUUGCGAAACGGGAGGCACAGCUGAAGGCUAGGAAAACUGCCAGCGUAUUGGAAAGCUACGAGGGUGUUAAUGGUGGUCUAGAUGUGGCUGGGAAAUACAAGAGGAGGAACUCAGACGAGACUCCACGAGGCGCAACGGAGGUCGUCGAGGAGCAACUAGUCUAUUUGCACCAUGUACAACCCACAGACACAUAUGCGGGUAUUGUCCUUCGUUACAGAUGUCAGGAACAUGCAUUCAGAAAAACAAACGGUCUAUGGUCACGGGAUAACAUUCAAGUGCGUAAGCAUUUAAUGAUACCCGUCGAUGCAUGCGAGCUCAAGGGCCGGCCGUGCGACGCCCCAUCCCAAUAUUCUCAGAAGGUCGAUCUUUUAGCUACUACCCCCAUGACCGUGGACCUUAAAAGCCCUAUCACAUCUACCCCACAGUCGCGGCAGACCCACGAUAGUUACUUCGACUCUAUCAGUGGCAAGUCAGCAGGACUUGCUACACAAGGAGACGAGGAACCACCUUGGACUCAUGUGCGAUGGGUCAAACUCGAUUUUUUCCAGGAGCCUGUAGAGAUUGUCAGAGUCUCAAGGAAGUCAAUGGGAUAUUUUCCCCCCAGGCGAAAGAAGAGUAUUCACACUGUAUCCACCUUCUCAACCCCGCGUCACUCUCUCGACCUAUCAAAAGCCCUAACAAACACAUCCGAAGUCUUCGACAGCCCAGCUCAACUCUCAUCCAGGCGGCAAAGUUCCAUCAGUGCGCGGCCAGCAGCUGCGAGUCUUGGUAUUUCCUCGCCCGCUAGAAGCAGAGUCACUAGUCUGGGCGAAGCAGAUGGCGUACCGGCGUGGAUGCGCAGGCCGGGGGGAGUAGGAUCGAUGGGAAGGAGCGUCAAGGCCCCGGGCCCGGCGAAGGAUUACUUCAACACAUGGGUCAACAAGACACUCCCCGGGCUCGGUAUCGACUCAAUGCCCUCGAUGUCCGUUAUGGGGUCCGAGACCGCGCACUUCGGGUUCAAUAAGGCGACAGAAGAAACAGCCGGGAUUGUGGAAAGCCCCUUUGAAGACGGUCGAGAAGCUACCUCCCCGCCCCGUAACGGCAUGGGUCUUGAACACGCCGCCGCGUCUAUCGAGUCCUGGCUCCGUGGCGCGUGGGCAAAACGCCCGACUACACCAAGACUAAGCUCCCACAGGAGACCGCCCGAGGAUCUCGAUCUCAUCGAGUUAGCGGAUGCGAAUAGCGACGAUGGACGCAGAGGCUUGGAACCGGGACUCUUAGGUCAGGGUUUUCGCGGGAACGGCACUACGGGCCGGAGCGAGGGUGAAGGUACGGUUAGGGGCCGUUCGGCACAGCCGAGUGCGGUUGCUGGGAAGGGGAAGAAGGCUGACUGA